GCCCUGGGGAGGUGCGUCAGGGGUCGGAUCCUGACGAUAAAGCCACUUUGACUGAGCAUAUGAAGAAGAAGGCUCUUGAUGAUCAUAAGCGUCAUCUUGAUGAGCAAGCUGCUGCCCUUCUUGCGGCCAAGAGAGCUAAGCUUCAAAAGGAUGCCCCCCAGCACCUUCUGCAUCUGAAGUUGAUUUGGGUGUGUUUAGUGGGGGUCGAGGGAACUUGUUGGAGGAGAUAUGGGCUGCCUCUGCUCCCCGCCCUGUGUUCAAGACAAGCAAGAAACCUCGGCCGGUGGAUAUUUCUCAGAUUACUCCACCUACUUCUCCUCCCUCGAGGACUGUUGGCUUGACCCCUCCACGUGACAGUGUUGGUGCGAAUGUGGAGGGUGGUGAAGGGUUUGUUGAAGGUAUAUUUGAGGGAGGUGAUGCUGCUGGAGGUGAUGUUGGAGGCGAUGCUGCUGGAGGCGACGGUGCCGGAGGUGAUGUUGCUGGAGGCGAUAAGGGUAAAGGUGUUGAAGUGGAGAUGGAGUCUAGUGAGACUACUCCGCAACAAACCAUUUACACAAAACGUCCUCCUGGUGGGGGUGGGGCUACCUCUGGCACUGUGCGGGACUCGCACUUUGAACGUGUUCCUGAUGAUUCAUGGGGCAAUCCAGCUUGUGAUGAUAUGCCUCACGUUCCCCGCUGGAGCCUUACUCAGGGUUCUCGUAUGGAAGAUUUAAAGAAUUGUCAUGAGUUUUUCUCCUUGUCUCUUCCGCCUGCAGAGAGAAUGUUUCAGAAAAACCGCAACCGCUUUGCCCUUAUAGAUGAUCAUGUAAGAGCUGGGGUUAACUUUUUUGCCACUUCUCAGGAGAUUCUUCGCGAAUGGCGAUCUAUGGGGGAAGAAACUCUGGAGUUUGAAGAGGCUAAGAAGUCAUUUUCUGAAGAGAGAGAGAAAUUUAAUGCAGAGAAAAAAGGUUUGCAAUGGCGGGUUGCUGAGGCGGAGUGGAAACUCGAAGAGCAGAAGCAGUUGAACGAGCAAAAACAGAAAGAUUGGGAAUCUGCAUGUGCUCGUACGAACUCUGAAAUGCAGUCGCAGCGUGAAGCUAUUGUGCGGCUGUCUGGUGAGAAGACGACCCUUGCGGAUGAGGCGCAUCAGGCGCGGCUUGCUGCGGAGAAGAAAGAAAAGGAGUAUGUUGCACGGAUCGACAAGCUGGAGCUUCUUGUGCAGGAGAAGGCUUCGGAAUGUGAGGCUGCUCAGCGCCUUCUUGAUGAGAAGACGGCUGAGUGUCGUGCGUCUGAGCUGCUUGCUGAGGAAGCCUCAGCUGAUAGUAGGUGGUUGCUAUCCCGUGGUGUUCCAUUGGUAAUGUUCUUUGCUUGCCCCGUUGUCUUCUUCCUUUUUAUUUUUGCUUUUGUGUGUUCCUUUCUGCGACCUUACUCGCUUUUGUUUUUUGUGUAGCUUGCUGAUCGCAUCAUGCAUUCAUCUGAACUUGCCCGCUACAUGUUUCAAUUGGGUAGGGCAGGUUAUAACAGUGGGCGCAAGUUUGGUUAUGCGGAAGGUAGAUUUGCAGCUUCCAACAAUGAGAAGGAUUACAACUUUGAGUUGUACAAGGAGGAUUGUGAUGGUGCUUAUGCGGAGAAACGGAAAGAGUUCUCGAUGCUUGAUUUUGCCGUUGUACGUGCUGCUGGCAAGUUGGCUCACAAAGCUAAUGGAGUGGCUUUGUUAAAGAAAGCUUUGGGAGAUGAUGGCGAUGGUGGUGCAGGAGGUGCUGGUUCUAGCCAUUCUUGAUUGGAAGUUUCCGGCCUGUGUGCCGUGUAUAGCCCUGAGUGGGCUUGUAAUGGUUGCUUUUGAGACAAUUUGAAAUUUCUUACCUGUCGUGUUAUGUAUUUGACAAAUAUUUUACCGCUUUGUUUUUUGGUUAUGCAAAUUUUGAAAUCGUCAUAAUAUGUGCAUGUUUAAUUACUUUGAUUAGGUGUCACGAAUGAAUGAUGGCGCUGACAGGUGAUGUUGUGUUACUACAACGUUUUUAUUCUGUCGUUUAAGUAUGCGCGCUUGUAUGUGACAUACGAAGUGAUCGAGUUGCAGGUUAUUGUGUGAGCUCAGCUGGGAUCACAGCCUUGGGAGCAUUACAAUGUUUA